AUGGCACUACCAUUAGAUGUUCUAACGCGAAAAAGAGGACGACCGCGAACAUAUACAUCUACUAAGGCAAAGCAAGUAUCGAAUGUCACGCAACGGCGGAACCGGCGACAGUCUGCCCGUGCUGUAUAUCGUGCCCAGCAAUUCGACCAGCACUAUUCCACCACAGUGCCCCUAUCCACUGAUAUCAAUGAACCUCCGUCAAUCUAUUUUCCUCCCGGGGAACUCUCUAUCGCCACUGAGGUUGAGCAACUUCUACCGCCUCUGAGCCCCGACCUUAGACUAUGGGAACCACCGAUGCCUAAGAUCCCGCCGAUAGAUAAUGAGGUGCUACUAGAAUCCACGAGUGAUAUAGCUAACGAUCCUGCUCUAGCAAUCUCGCCGGACAGUGUAUAA